AUGGCUUCUCGCAGUGGCAUCUCCCAGCCAAGGAGCAAAUAUACUGGGUGUCUACAGUGCCCUGAGUCCAUCGCAUCUGAUCAUCCAUAUGUCCACGGCCAAGGCUCUGGCCGAGGCAGGACACAAUGUCACCGUGGUAUCGAUGAUGCAGCUAUUAUUGAAGUUGGAGGUAUACAGGUGAAGAAGCAGCCAGAUCCGCUGCCCCAGGACACUGCACAGUUCUUGGAUACAUCCAGCCAAGGAGCGAUAUUUCUGUCAUUUGGUUCCAACAUAGAGAGUUACAUGGUUAAGCCGGAAAUCGUUGAAAUCAUGUUCAAAGUGCUCUCCGGCCUGAAACAGAAUGUUAUUUGGAAAUGGGAGGAUCUAGAGAAUACGCCAGGCAAUGCCUCCAACAUUUUCUACAAGGACUGGCUGCCACAAGAUGAUAUCCUGGCACAUCCGAACACCAAACUCUUUGUCACACAUGCCGGCAAGGACAGCAUCACCGAAUCCCAGUACCAUGGUGUCCCAAUGGUGGCACUGCCCAUUUUCGGUGACCAACCAUUGAAUGCGGCUCUAAUGGUAAAUUCGGGAUAUGGCGUUUCACUCGAUUUGCAGACCAUCACCGAAGAUACAUUCCGCGAGGCCAUCAACGAAGUGCUGGAAAAUGAGAAGUACACUCAAGCGGUUCGCAAAUUCUCCGCUCUGUAACCCAGACAAUCUGUUCUUUUCUGGGUGAAUUACGUUCUGAGGCAUCGUGGUGCCCCCAAUUUGCAGAGUCCAGCGGUGCACAUGGGAUUUGUUGAGCUGCACAACUUGGAUAUCUGCGCCUUGGUGCUUGCGAUCCUGAUGUUCUUAGUAUUCAUAACUCAGCUAGCUGUGAAAUCUUUGCUUAGAAAGCUACUGGGAAAAGCUAAAGUUCCAGCAAGAAAGAAGAUACAAUAG